GUUUUGAAAUCUUGCCCGAGAAACUCGCUCGAACUACUUCCGGUUUCGAUUUCUAGUUUCAUGUUAUGAUAGGAUAUGUAUUUCAUUUAGACCUACAGUUCAACUAAGGUGAGAGAGUUAAUUUGUGAAGGUAAAAAUAACGGGAAAUCCUGUUAAAAGAGUUGACGCAAACAAGGGAUUUCAAAAUCUUUCUGGGAGGUUUUGCACACUGGUUAUUGAGGAGUGGAGGAGGAAUGUGCCGUGUGCCAAGUUCCUGACUCGGAGUGUUACGUGAAACAGACCACCUUAUCUAGCUAUGAGAAACAGGCAGACGACACAGUAAAGACAUGGGCGAAAUCACGGAUGAUUCAAAUGACUACUUAACAUGUGGAAAAUGUUUAUCAGAAUUCCCACUGAAGAACAUAGUAACAUUUAUUGAGCACAAAAAGAAAGAUUGUGAUGUCAUAUCAAUUGAGGACAAAGAACCAGGUCUGCUUUGUUCUGCCUGUUCUAAAGGAUUCAUGACAGCAGUAGGACUUCUCAAGCAUGCAAAAAUAUCUCACAAUCUGCAGCUCUUCCUGGAAAGCGGGCCAUAUAGUAAUGGAAUCCUUGCAUCCAGUAAGAGAAAUGAAAGUUUGGAUGUGAAUAAUGAGACUCCAGUAAAUCUUGUAACACGGCCCAGUGCAGUACCUCAGGAUGAUGUAGAGAGAGAUGGUAAAAAGGCCCAGGAAAACCCCUCCCUCUCUGGCUUAGUAUCCACAAGUGAUAUAUCGGAAUAUUGUCUUAAUGGACUUUGUUCAGGUGCUGAUAAUCCUACAGUUUCCAAGGUAACCGUUUCUCCAAACACUUCACCAAAAGAUUCUCCAUCAUUAACGAGAAAUACUCCAAAACAGUUCAGUACUGAAAAUCUUACAAGUGUCCAGAUUAGUCCGGUCCAGUCAGAUGCUUGCAGUGGCACGGUCGUACGGAAUCCUGAUACCACGUACCCUGGAAACACAGGUGAUAAUUCUCCAGAAGAAGCACUCGGGGAGAGUAGAGAAGACGUAACAGAGGAGGCUGUAGAGGGUGAAGAUGCCUGUUGUUCCAGUCAGAAAUGCGGGGUCACAGUCAUCCCAGGAACCCACGAAAGCCUCAAAAAGUGCUGCUAUGCAGUGGCUCCUAAAAAACGGAAGAGACAUAUGGAGACUAAGCACAUGUCAUCAUAUUGGAGAACAAGAUUGAACAGGAGGCGGAUGCUAAACGCGAGGGACACUUUUCCACGAAGGCCCACUAACAGAAGUCAAGGCACAAUCUACAUUGACUUGAAGCCGGAAAGUGGAGUUGUCUCAACAACACACUCUGAAAAUAAAACUUACACAGAUACGACAAGGACAACAAAUUUAAACGACAGCUCCAGAGACAGCAUGGGAAUUCAUGUGACAGGCAUGACAAGGGAUUCGACAUCCAAAGCAAAUUCACAGAAACCAAACAGAGGCAGUUUCCUCAUAAAGCCAAGAGCAGUCUUCUCUAUUCCCAUUUCUUACACCAUUCCAGCACAGGCUCUGGACACAGACAAAGCAAUCCAACAUGACACCAAAUCAAUCCUCGAUGAAGGGUCUCUACAUUCCAGUGAUUCAGUGACACUCAAGGACCAGAACUCUUCCAUAUCUUCAUCUGUCAGUGGUUAUUUCUCUUUAAACUCAAGCAGCGCUGCUACCUCCGUGACAUCAGAAUCUCACAUUUAUGGCAUAGACCUUCCAUCCCUUAUUUCCCGGGCUACUAGACAAUUUAAUCUGGUUCCUGGCUCUUCAGAGUGUGGGGAAAUAAGUGAUAAAGAUCCGCAGUACCUUGAAGAUGGCGACGGAAAACUGGGACGAAAGAGACGGUACCCAACUACAAAGCCCUACAAAUGUGAGCAGUGUGACAAUGCUUUCAAUCAGAGAAUUCACCUGAAGAAACACAUGAGUAAACACACAGGCAUCAAACCUUUCAAAUGUCAGCAGUGUGAUUACUCUACAGUGGAGAGAAGCCACCUCAAGGUUCAUAUAAGGAUCCACACGGGGGAGAAACCCUUCAAAUGCACAUUUUGUGAAUAUGCAACAGCACAGAACAGUACUCUGAAAAUUCACUUAAAACGACAUCAUGGCCGCCAAAGGCCCGAACUAGAGAAGGAGGGAGAACAGUCUCCUAAAACUCCCCAAGCAGCAGCAACCAAUCCAAGUGGUGUUACCAUGGAAACAAGUCAAGAUGGUUGCUUUUCUACUAAUACAAAUACUUAAUCAAAGAAGAACUUGUAAACUGACAACCUUCUUGGGUUAUUUGUGAUGAAUUAGUGGCACAAUUAGCAAUAUACCAAUGUAUUAACUGAGUUGUUUUUGUGUGUGACUGAACUCAGUGACCAUUAUAACUUGUUUCAGAUUUGUUUUUACGAGAGAUUUCUUUUUACAAUCAAUUAGUUAUACAUGUAGCUUAAGUGCUUAAUUAAAUAUACAGUGAAACAUCUCACCCACCCACCCCUAAAAUUGACUGAUUUUGGAAGUCACAGUCAGUAUCAUUCUAUGUGAACUUCUCUGAUCAACAUUUUGUCAAGAGCCUGUCAUCCUGGUGUCAACAAGAACCAGUUGACCAAUUUCUACCAAAACUCAAAAGCAUUCUAAGAAAAGGACACUCAAGUUUAGGACAGUGUACCCUUUCAAGGAGAGAUAAUUAAGACAUAGUGAAAAUGAAAUGGGUGUUUUAAAGAUGAAUGAAUACUUCAUAAUAAUGGCAGACUUCCUUUCAAACAAAAGAAUAAAUAUCAAUGGUUACCUCAGUGGUUGAUGUCUGCCUGUUGAUCUGCAGAUCAUGAGUUCAAAUCUCACAGGGGAUUUAGCCCCCUUCUCUCACGAAGGCUCAAGUGUGUUCAAACCAUGGUCCCCAAGACCUGGAUGGGGCCACAGUAGGAUUUAAAGCUUUACAUUGGAGAGUUCUUUAAAAUUUUAGUCUUUUAAAGUUUAAAUGCAAGCAUCUAUGUUGAGAAGAUUCAAGUGUGUUCACAACUUCUUGGGUGCUCCUUGAACUUGGGUGAGGUGACUGUUUUACAUAGGAAUAUAUGGUCGGCAUCUGUCUCAGAAGAAACAUAAGUAAGAUUCAGAUCAGGAGCCAGGGUAGGACUACAAUAGUGUUAUAAGGUUUCACAUGUGUUCAUGUGUUCACAUGGACAUCUUGUUUUAUUUUGAGAUAGAUAGUUAAGGAAAGCAUUUAGGGGGAAACACAAUCUUAUCUAGCAAGUUACAGUUCACUGUCUUUUUAAAAGAAAUGUGUAAUCCAGUGUUCAGGGACGAUUCAAGAGGCAAUUUAUUGCGGAGGGCAGAUGUGUGUAUUUGAACCUGUGUAUUUAUUGAUGCAACUUAUUUAUUUUGCUUAUUUUUUAGAUUCUUGAUCCUUGUUGUCUGAGGUUUUUUAGCUUUUUUUUUAGGAUGGGGCCACAAGGGGGGAUCAAAGUUUUACAUACAAAUAUAUAGGGAAAAACUUUAAAAAUCUCCUUCUCAAGAACCACUAAGCCAGAAAAGCUGAGAUUUACAUGAAAGCUUCCUGACACAAUGCAGAUUCAAGUUUGUUCAAAUCAUGGGCCCCUGGGUUUGGAUGGGGCCACAAUAGGGGAUCAAAGUUUUACAUACAAAUAUAUAGGAAAAAUCUUUAAAGAUCUUCUUCUCAAGAACCACUGAGUCAGAAAAGCUGAUUUUUACAUGAAAACUUUCUGACAUAGUGCAGAUUCAAGUUUGUACAAAUCAUGGCCCCCGGGGAUAGGAUGGGGCCCCAAGGGGGGAUCAAAGUUUUGCACACAAAUAUAUAGGGAAAAACUUUAAAAAUCUUCUUCUCAAGAACCACUAAGCCAGAAAAGCUGAGAUUUACAUGAAAGCUUCCUGACAUAAUGCAGAUUCAAGUUUGUUCAAAUCAUGGGCCCCUGGGGUUGGAUGGGGCCACAAUAGGGGAUCAAAGUUUUACAUACAAAUAUAUAGGAAAAAUCUUUAAAGAUCUUCUUCUCAAGAACCAUUAAGCCAGAAAAGCUGAGAUUUACAUGAAAGCUUCCUGACAUAAUGCAGAUUCAAGUUUGUUCAAAUCAUGGGCUCCGGGGGUUGGAUGGGGCCACAAUAGGGGAUCAAAGUUUUACAUACAAAUAUAUAGGAAAAAUCUUCUUCUCAAGAACCACUGAGCCAGAAAAGCUGAUUUUUACAUGAAAACUUUCUGACAUAGUACAGAUUCAAGUUUGUUCAAAUCAUGGCCCCCGGGGAUAAGAUGGGGCCCCAAGGGGGGAUCAAAGUUUUACACACAAAUAUAUAGGGAAAAUCUUUAAAAAUCUUCUUCUCAAGAAUAGCAAAGCUGUGAUUAAUCAUAUUUAUAUGGAAGCAUCUUCAGGUAGUGUAAAUUCAAGUUUGUUCAAGUCAUGCCCCCAGGGGGGUAGGGAGGGGCCACAAUAGGGGUUCAAAGUUUGACAUUGAAAUAUUUAAAAAAAUAUAUGUUCAAAAAUCUUCAUCUCAAGAAGAACAUAGUAAUGAUUAGUCAUUUUAAUGUAAAAGCAUUAUCAGGUAGUGCAGAUUAAAAUUUGUGGAAUUCAUGGUCCCCUGGCGAAGGUUGGGGCCACAUAGAAGAUCGAUAUUUUUUUUUAUUUUUUUUUUUUUUUUUUACAUGGGAAUAUAUAAGGAGGAGUGUUUAAGAAAUUUUACAUGGGAAUAUAUAGGAAAAAAUGUAGAUAAAUUUUCAAUUUUUUCUGCUCUUGUUAAUUUUGCAUCCAAAUAAAUCUAGUGAUAUAAUUUCAUUUUUGUCUUCAUUUACAAAUUAAGAAGGAGAAAACUCGCCGUUGAUUCCUUUUGAACAACUUGGUGAAUAUCAUUAAUCUUGGCACCAAAAAUCUUUGACUGAAGGGCAUUCAAUUGUUAUAAUUACACACUUAAUGCACAUAUUUACAACGUGUAUGACCCCCUAUUGAUUUUCUGGUCACACCUGCCAUGUUGGGUUUAAAACAUAAACACUCUUUUCUCAGGUGAGCGAUGUGGCCCAUGGGCCUCUUGUUUAUAUUUUACCAUGUCAGUGAAGGAAGAUCAGAAAAUUUUAUUUCAAGUCAAAUUUUAUGCACAAAUAAAUAAUUUUAUAGAGUUUCCAACCCUGGGCUAAUACUGAGGACUCUUUCAGUAGGACUCAAAGUAUUUGAAGGAGAAAAAUAAAUUUUAGAAAAGUUGGUGAAACAAAAUGUUCAACCAAUGUUUAUGUUGUUGUGCUUAUUAUUAUAUUUACAUGUACAUUGUUUUAAUUUGGUUUAUAGCUUUAUUUAAUUAAAGAUAGCCUGAAAUCUACAAAGCUGCUCUCCUCAACAUAUAAACAAGUAAAUCUCUAUCUCUCUGUAUGGGUCUUUUAAUCCAGUCAGUGGACACUAAUGAUUUUGUUGGGUUGAAUCAUUGACUACUCCAUCAUGCAGAUAGUAUAACUUGAUGAAAUUCCUGUCUCUUUUGAUCAAUUGCAAGUUUUCAGAUAUACUUAAUUGCAUCCAUGAAUAAAUGCAUUUAAAUUUAGAGCUUAUCUAUGAAUCUUUUUUCCCCCUAUAACAUGAUAAUCCUAAUUGAUCAGGUUUAUUGGUAGGCUAAUUUUUAAUUUUGCUUCAACCCCCUGAAGUUUAAGGGGGUAUACUGGAUUCACCCUGUCCAUCCGAUGACAUAAUUUGUCCAUAGAUUAUCUUUAACAUCAAUGGAUAGAUUUGAUUAAGACUGUGUAUAUUUUAUAUGAAUAUUGAAAUGGUGCACCUGCUAUUUUGAUUGAGAUUUCCCACCAUCCAGUGUGCCCUGCACGGGGAGGGGGGUGUAUUAGUCCCAUUAGGGCAGUUCUACUUAAUUUUACUUUAAGGGAACAUUAUCUGUGAUUUUGUCACCAAAAAAUUGAAUUUAAUGAAUUAAUUAUUUCAAACAUUUAAAUUUUAACCUCAAAACAGGCACAUGAAUAUGUGAUUUUGGUGAUUAAAUAAUUAUUGUCUUGCAAAACAAUACUUCGUAAUAUAUUUUUUUACACUAAAAGUGGUUAUCUAAUGUAGUUUUGUUAGGUUUCUCUUGUUUUUCUACAAAAUAAAAAUGUUUUUAUUAAUCGUUAAUAUAUAUUCCUGUGCCAUUGAGAGAUUUUGAAGGAAAAAAUGGUUGCCAUCACUUUUACAUCUUGUACCCCUUUAACAUUGUAAUACUGGUUUAUCAGUAGGUUGAUUUUUAAUUUUGUUUUAACAUGGUGAACUGUAUUUUAUCAAUAGCUAUUUUUAUUUUUAUUUAAUUUAAAAAUGAUAAGCCUAAUUGGUUUAUGAUUAGUCAUGAUAAUCUUUGAUUUAUCAAUAGGCUAUUUUUAUGUUUACUUUAAUUAACAUGAUAAUCUUUGAUUAAUCACUAGGCUAUUUUGAUUUUAACAUGAUAAGUUUUGUUGUAUUCUUGGGUUAUAUGGAGCAUUACUUCAGACAUAUCAUGAAUGCAUGUUAUCCCAUGGUCAAUUAUCACUGUGUAGUGGACCUGUCAAAAAUAGCAGUGGGGUACCACACGGAAUGCUUUACAGUAACUGUGAGUUAAUUAGCGUAGUUUGUUAAUUAGCGUUAGAGUUAAAGACUUGCCUUUAUGGUUAUACCGUUGUUAUUCUACAUAUAUUUAGUAUUCCGGUUUCUCUUGUUUCCUUCUAUGGUCAUGGAGGAUUUGAAUUAGGAUUCAUAAAAACAAAUCAAGCCACCAUGAAAAUUAAUGAUUUUACGGUAUAUGUAUUAAAUUUCAUAUAAAGUUUUAAGUGUACGUAGUAUUAUAUAGGACGUACGUUAUUUACGGUAAGUUGUAUCCCACCUCUGAUAUACCCAGGGGUCCGUGUUUGCCCAACUCUCUAUUUUGUAUUCCUUAUAGGAGUUAUGAGAUUGAUCACUGUUCGAUAUCUUUACUUGUUAUAUGAUUGUAACAUAUUGAUUUUGGAAGUAUUAUAAUAACAUUGAUUUUAAAUGAGUAUUAUGAUAUCAGUGAUAUAUAAGAAUUGUUUAUGAUUUAGCGGACCCUCUGUGUAUUAUGUUAUAUUUACAGUUCCAAUGUUUUUUACCAAUUGAAAUGAUAGCCAUUUCCUCAUGAAUGAGAACAAUGUGCAUAUGAAUCUUUUAAUUAUAGUACAACUAUUUUAAUGGUUGGAAAUAUUCCAACAGAAAUGGAAAUAAAAUAUAAAUUUCAUUUUUUAAAAAAUACAUGAGGGUAUAUGAAGACCAAGAUCAAGAAGCGCUAAUGCUCGUUGUGAAGUAUGCUGGUGUAAAGCACUGCAAUUCAUGUCCUGGUGUUUUUUUUUUUUAAAAUGUAAAUUAUUUUUUGAAUGUUGUCCAAUAUUUUUAGUGCUCUGCAGAUGCUUUUCUGCCCAUUCUCAGCUUUGCAAUUCCAGUCAUGAUCAUGUACGACAAUCGUCAGAGAGUGCACAGGAAAUGUUGUGUGUUAAAAAUAGUUUUACAUUGUCUUACAAUAUGUUUACUAUUCUAUCAUAAAACACAUGUAUUUAAUAAAUUACCAAAUACAAUAAGAUUAUUCAUUUAA